AUGACGGUAUCGCGCUUUGCCUUCUUGGCAUUGUUUCUCAACCUCUGGACGUGGCUCAAGGCGCAGGCGUUGACAAAGGCCCGCCAUGCGUUGCUCAAGGUGCUCUCUGCAGGUCCGGUGCCGCAGCACAUCGCGUUCGUCAUGGACGGCAACAGGCGACACGCUCGGCGGCAUCACAAGCGAAUAGCGGAGGGCCACUUUGACGGCUUCACGGCCUUGCAGAGGAUACUAGAGAUCUGUCUGAAGAUGAACGUACGCUGUGUCACCGCGUUUGCGUUCGCGCUGGAGAACUUCAAGCGCUCCGAAGAGGAGGUCGAGGCGCUCAUGGAUCUUGCGGAGAAGAAACUGGGGGAGAUGUGCCAGCACGGAGAGAUGCUUGACCGGUACGGCGUCCGCCUGAAUAUCCUCGGUCGGAAAGAAUUGCUGCCACCUCGGGUUCGGGAGGCAGCGCGCAAAGCAGAAGAGAUGACCCGUCACAACGAUAGGGCCAUCCUGAACCUCUGUAUGCCUUACGGCUCUCGGGACGACAUGACCACUGCGGUCCAGAAAACGAUACAAACUUUCUUAGAGAAGGGCUUGUCUCCAAGAGAUAUAACGGAAGAGGACAUAGAUGCGCACAUGAUGACUUCACUCGGCGGCAGUCCCCCCGUGGAUGUACUCAUCCGGAGCAGCGGUGUCAAACGCCUCAGCGACUUUCUUCUAUGGCAGUGUUGCGACGAUACGCAGAUCCAGUUUUCCUCGACGUACUGGCCCGACUUUGGUCUAUGGGAUCUCAUCCCGGUGAUCCUCGAUUUCCAGCGCAAGGUCUGGUCUAAGGAAGCGCAUAAAGCGAAGCUCUCACCUUUCGCUUUUCCUGGCCCGGGUGUAGCUGGGCUUAGAGAUUACCGUCGAUAA